AAGAAGCAAUGGAUCCUCUUAGUCUUGACAAUAUUGACAUAUUAGCUGAUUGGGUGGCUGAGGAGCCAACUCUUCUUGAUAAAGAUGAUUAUGAUGUAGAUUGGGCAGCAAUUGAUGAGUCUUUGCCAAAUCAAAUCCUUGAUGAUACUGAUAGUAUUGUUUAUGAUGAGGGAGAUGUCCCACAAGUUCCUCUUGAAAAUGAAAGUGAACAACUUUGGACUGGAGUUGGUGGAGUUACAGGUUAUGGAAUUCCUCCACAUGAGGAUCCUUAUAAUUAUGUACAAGAUCAUUAGUUUUGUUGUUUGUUUAUAAUUGUCACUUGACAGAAACAAUUGAAGAACUCUUGUGAUGAACCAUUAAGUAUCUGUUUCAUCAUUCAGUCUUUUUAACUUUUAUAAAUUGAAUGUGAUUUU